AGAUUCCAUGCACUUAUCACCUUUUGGCCCUGAACCAGAAAGAAAUCUGCCUAUAAAAAUCUCCAAACCCCAAAGUCCCUGAACCCAUCUCUCUCUUUAACACUGAGAACUUGUUCUUGAGACCUUCUAGGUUGAACAAUCCAGACGAAUGGAGGGAGACAUGGAGCAAAAUGUCCGGAGAUGGGACAAACUGGACAGUAAGAUUCUGGUGAAGAUCUUUGCCCUGUUGAAUGUGAUGGAGAUUGUCAAUGUCCUCCCGGAAGUUUGCGACUCGUGGUUCGAUGCUUGUUACCAUCAAGACCUUUGGAACGCCAUCGAUCUCACCGACUUGAGCUCCUGUCAGUACGGAGCUCCUCAGAAGCCGAAUUCUUGGGCCGAAGACGAAGAAUCCAACAGGCUCGAGCAGAUACUGGUGGACGUCACCCACUUUGGCCGCCGCCAUGCCAAGAACUUCUUCUUCAACUUCUUCGUCUUCCUGCGUGAGGACGAUCUCGCCCUCGCAGCUGAAAGGGCCCCGAACGUGAGAAAGCUGGCGAUACCGCCAUGGAACAGUUUAAUGGAGAGCUCGUUCGAGUUCGCAUGCAGUCAGUGGAGACAACUGCAAACGCUUAUCAUCCCUGGGUUCAGGAGACAUAGACGCGAGCUUCGAGCCGUCGGACAGAACUGCAAAAACCUAGCGAAUCUCAAACUGAUGUCUCCGUUGACAGUGGAACUCGCCAAAUCCAUCGUCGAUGCUCUCCCCAACCUCAAAUCCCUCAGCCUGCGCUGCUCCAUUGUGUACAAAGAAGCUGUGACUGUGAUUCUGAUCCGACACUUGCGUCUGAAGAAUCUGAAUCUCUCUCAUUGUAUUUUCAGAGAUAUACCUCAAGUGAACAACACUGUCAGGUAUUACAAGGAACCGAACAGAACUGUUGUGAGGAGGGCGAAGAUGAAUUUGGAGAAGUUUCUUGUCUGUUCGAAGGAUGACUGCGAGAUCUGCAGCAGUUUGUUCCCAUUUGCGGGUACGGAUCCAGAUUUCAACUACAGGGAGGAGAUUUGGAGAGAGGAUGAGCUUGAAGAGUUUGCUUUCUGAGAUUUAGGGUUCUUCUCUGAGAAAGUUUGCACCUUUAUGAUCCUUUUGUGAACUUUGAAGAAGAACCCUUCAAUCUAUAUAUCAAUAUGAAUAAGAAUAAAUAAGACUUUGAUCUGGUCGGGUCGUUUU